AUGUGUGAGGACAAGGAGGAGGUGCGGGGCUCGGCGAGCCCGAGCCCGCGGCGGCUGUGCUGGCCGCGCCGGCCGCCCGCGCCGCCAGCCGACACGCGCGGCCUCUGCUGUGCCAAGCUGCUCCGGAAGAACGGCAAGCCGAAGAAGGUGCUGUUGUUCCCGGAGGAGGGCUGGGCCCGCAGUGCGUCCUCCUCCUACUGGACGCUGCAGCCGUGCUGGUGGAAGAGGUCGCGAUGCAAAGUCGUUGAGGUCGCCGGCACUAGAAGACACAGUACGCACGCGAAGAUGGUGGUGAGCGGCGGCAACGCAGUGCACAUCGUGGGCACCUUCAAACACCUCGGCGCUGAUGCUGAUUUUAAGCUAUACCUGACGACGAACGUGACACAGGCGGACUUCAACAUGGGGUACACGAUGACGGGGACCCUGGAGCGCGGCUGCAAGUCCACCAACACCUUCCAGAUGACGCACUUCGCAGUACUCCGCCGGUGCGACCACGACGCACAUCAUCUCAAGAACUCCUAG